GGGAUCCGGGCGGCGGCGGCGGCAGCAAGUGGUUGGGCCGCGCGCGUUUCCUUCCCUCCCCCGCCGCGGGCCGCCGGCCGUGCCCAGCGCGCGGCGCCCGCCGCUCCGCCGCGUCCCCUCCCGGCCGGCCGCUCCCUUCCCCGCCGCUCCAUGUCCCUGCCCGUGGUCCUCCCGGGCUCCUGCUGCCCGGUGGCGGGACUCUCGGGCGGGCCGCAGGCCGGGGCUCCGGGCACCGCGGCGGCCGCCGCCCAGGAGCCGCCGCUGCCCCCGCUGCGGCCGCGCUGGCCCCGGGCAGGGGUGCAGCCCCCGGUGCGGCCUCGCUGCGCCGCUCCGGCCGCUGCCGCCGGCGUCCUGGCCGCGCCGCCCGCGCUCUCGUCCCGCCGGGCCGCCGCCGCCGGUGCCGCGGCCCCGGGCUCGGCGCUGCUGCCCGCUCGCCCGCUGCUGUCGCUCGGGCUGCUGCAGCUGAUCCUGGGGUGCUGCAUGGUGGCGCUCAGUUUCGGGGCGCUGUCGCUGAGCAGCUCCCCGCAGGUGAAGAACUCGUGUCCGUUUUGGGCCGGCUCCUCGGUGAUACUCUCUGGAAUCAUUGGAUUAACAACAUGGAAACGUCCUAUGAUACUCUUGGUCAACCUCUUCGUGCUGCUCUCUGUGGUUUGUGUCCUCUUAAAUUUGGCUGGAUUCAUCCUUGGCUGCCAAGGGGCCCAGUUUGUGUCCAGCGUGCCCAGGUGUGACCUGGUGGACUUAGGUGAAGGCAAGAUUUGCUUCUGUUGUGAAGAAUUUCAACCAACCAAAUGCACAGACAAAGAAAAUGCCUUGAAGCUCUUUCCAGUUCAGCCUUGUAGUGCUGUCCACCUCCUCCUUAAGAAAGUCCUUUUUGCCCUGUGUGCCUUGAAUGCCCUGACCACCACCGUCUGCUUGGUGGCCGCUGCCCUCCGCUACCUCCAGAUUUUUGCAGCCAGGAGAUCCUGCAUCGAUGAGUCCCAGAUAUCCGCCGAAGAAGUGGAAGAACAUGGGCGUCUCCCGGACCCUGACGACUUUGUGCCGCCAGCUCCUCCCCCUUCCUACUUCGCCACCUUCUACUCCUGCACUCCUCGGAUGAACCGCAGGAUGGUUGGUCCUGAUGUCAUUCCGCUGCCACACAUCUAUGGUGCACGCAUCAAAGGAGUGGAAGUGUUCUGUCCCCUGGACCCGCCUCCACCUUACGAAGCUGUGGUGAGCCAGGUGGACCAGGAGCAGGGAUCCCCGUGCCAAAGGCCAGAAAGAGCGGAAGCUGCUGCGCGCCCAUCGGAGAUGACCUGCACGUCCGCCGCUCAAGGUGGGGAAAGUCCUCAAGUCCCUGGAGAAGAAAAUUCAGUCCUUGCCACUCCCAGUGCCAAUCAGCUACAUCCAGGGAGAAUCGGGAGAGCCUUCCACCCGCUGCGAUUGCGAUCGAAGAGUGACCCCCUGCUCCAUCAUUCCUCAGAGAGAGCCGCCCCCGUGCUCAGCUGUGAGGCGGCGACUCAGACGGAGGGUCGACUGGACCAGGCCGCAGUGACCCUGCGCAGAGGCCUGCGAGCCCGAGCUUCGAGAUGCCGGCCUCGGUCUUUAAUCGAUUACAAAUCUUACAUGGACACCAAGCUGCUGGUGGCCCGCUUUCUGGAGCAGUCAUCCUGCACCCUGGCCCCCGACAUCCACGAACUGGUUGAAAACAUCAAGUCUGUUCUGAAGUCCGACGAAGAGCACAUGGAGGAGGCCAUCAGUAGUGCCAGCUUCCUGGAGCAGAUAAUGGCCCCAGCGCCGCCCGGCCCCGCCCGGCCCCCCGUGCCCUCCAGGACACCGCCCGGCCUCCUGUACCUGCGCAGCUGCGGAGACCUCAGCACCUUCGUGCCGGCCGCGCGGCCCCAGCCCCGCAGGAGGCCCCGGCGCGCCGACGCCGAGCGGCCGCACAGCCUCAUCGGGGUGGUCCGGGAGACGGUGCUGUGAGCCCGCGGGGACAUACGUCCUGCCUCCCCGCGAAGGACAGUCGCUCCUGACCCUCGCCCCUUCCUGAGGGCAUCAGGGGCAGCUCGGACCAGCGGUCAGGUCCGAUGGGGGUUGGAUGCUCGGAGGGGCGGCCGGAAGCCAGUAGGGGCCCACACAGGGCUAAUGAGUCUGCCCUCCUCUUCCUCCUCCUCCUCCUCCCCUCCUCCUCUCUUCCUUUCCUUUCCCUUCCCUCCACCCCUCCUCCUCCUCCUUCUCCUCCCCUCCUCCUCUCUUCCUUUCCUUUCCCUUCCCUCCACCCCUCUUUCUCCUCCUCCCCUUCCCUUCCUCUCCUCCUCCUCCCCCUCUUCCUCUAUUUCCCUCUUCCUUCUUCUUCUCUCCCACCCCCUCCUCCCUUCAUCUCCCUUCCUUCCCUCCUCCUUCCCUUCCCCUUCUCUGCUCCACCCCUCCUUUAUCCUCCUCCCCCCACCUUUACCUUCUUCUCCUUCUCCACCUCUCCCUCUCUCUUCCUAUUCUUCCCCUUUUCUUUCUCUCCUCCUCCUCCUUCCCCUUCUUCCCUCCUUCUCUUCUCCCCCACUUCCUCCUCUCCUUCCUCCCUCCUCCUCCUCCUCCUCCUCCUCCUCAUCCUCCUCCUCCUCCUCCUCCCCUUCAGUUCUGGAGGAACAGAUCCCUGGGGCUAUCUUCAGGACCCGCCCACCUAGAAGCGGGGUGAUUAACUUUCAUGCUCUGGAAUCCUCACAUCUUGUCUUUGUGUUUGUUCUGGUGGCCCGCAGGACACACCCUAAAGAAAAGACAGGAAGCAUCCUCAGUGACACAUUGUAAUAAAUGGCAGGAGGGGAGGGGAUUCUGGUGGGCUCCACUUAUUCCCGCUUGUAAAACUAGAGGUGGCUCAGGCAGGAUGGAGAAUAAAAAUGUUGGCGUUGGA